GAGUUAGAUAUUUCAGUGUUUGGCCACAGCUUACGGCCAAGCACUAUAAAUUCUAAAAGUGUAUUCAAAUGCAAAUUAAAUGGUUAAAUCGCAAUCAAUAUGUUCUUCCGAUCAGCCAAAAACAAAUUCGAGACAGUGGAUGUUGUGCGAAGACUAAAGCGUUUAGCCGAAGGCACCCUAACGUCAUACCGGCGUUUGUUUCUGCUUUUGUUGUGCGUGUGCAUUGUGUUCUAUAUGCUGCCACCAAUCUUUCGUUAUUUAUUUUUAAACCCAACAGAGCAGAAAGAUCCGCACAGCAUGUGCAUGGACGACCGUCUAACGCCCUACAUUUUGCAAAACUACGAGUAUGACGCGAAUAUUCGUCACGUGUCGCCGCUGCUGCCGGGUGAGCGGGAUUACACGCCCUACGUGGGCAACGGUUAUAUUGGCCUGGAGGUGGCCGCCGACGCUGCCCUGAAUAUCAAACAUGGCCGGGCGAUGCAGCUACUCAUACGUUUCCAGCCAGUGCUAUCCGUGUCACAACCGGGUGCAACGGCUGGUGAGAAGGAGGCCACCGUUGUGGAGUAUCUGACGGGAAUGGUGCAUCGGUUUCAAUGCUUUGCCGGCUACUUUGUGUCGUACACAAUGUACGCCCAUCGCACACAGCCCAAUGUGCUGAUGCAAGAAUUGCAAAUCACUAAUACACGCAACGUGGUUGAGAGCAUUGAUCUUAUAUUGCCACGCAAUCGUCUGCCCAAGUUCACAACGCGCAGCAUUCCGCUCAGCGAUGAAGCACAGAUAGGCAUGUUCACUUAUAAUGGCCUGGAAGUUAUUACGGGCACGGUUCAGCCGUCGGCUGAUGAUCCCAGUAAAUUGAUUGUAAUUAGUAUAGUUAAGCCACAACUCGAACCGAAAGUACAGCUGCGCAAACGGGGCACUGUGCGUAUCAUCUAUCCACUAGUCAUCGAGUAUUCUAAGCCAGUGACGGAGGCUCAGUUCAAAGCCACAUCGGACACCAUUGAACAGCAUUCAAUACAGGCCAUGACAAAGUUACUACAGAAACUCAGCGCCAAGGCAUCCGGAUCCGGUUCGCAGUACAGCAUCAAUUCGUAUCGGCAGGAGCACAUUAAUGUGUGGACGGAUCUUUGGGCAACCGGUUUUACGAUAAGCACUUCCAAGGCGGACAAUAGCUUAAAUGGUGAUCGCAUCAAUGCAACCAUGUAUGCGGUGCUCUCACAAGUGCGCAGUUUUGAAUUCGAAGAAGUGGGCGCCGUCUCCGGCUCAGGCACUGCGGGCAUGCGUGAGGACAUUGCCAAGGCUUUAACAUACGCGGAAGGCUGCUAUGAUUCGUAUCAUACGCUGCAGGCGGAGAAUCUGUGGCGUGACAUGUCUACGCUGACUCAACUCAAUUCGCUAGUGUCCUCCUGGAUGCUGACAUUAGAGAAGCAAGGCUGCCACAAUCUGAUCCGUGCCGGCGCCUCGGGUGUCAUUCAAGCGAUGACACUCAGUUUCGGCAGCUUUCGCUUUAGCAAUCAGCAUCUGGAAUGCAAUAUGCAUCCGAAAUUCCUGCAUCGCGACUUUCACUUCAGACGCCUCAACUACGGCAACAAGACACAUGUCAAUGUCACCAUCAUUGUUAAGGACGACAACAAGGCGGUUAUCAAUGUGGCCCUAGAUCGUUCCGAUCGCAGUUACUAUGCCUGCGAUGGCGGCUGUCUGGACGAACCAAUUCUGUUGACUCAAAGCCGCCGAGACUUCCCUGUGAAAUUGACUGAACCACUUACUGCAAUAUUAUAUAUAACCGAGGAUAAACAACACAUGGAGGAAAUUCAUCAUGCCAUACACGUCAAGGAAGUAGUCGAGGCUCCGGCGCACGAGCAGCAUGUGAUUGCCCUCCAUAAGCAUGGCCAUCAACUGGGCGGAUUGCCCGCCCUUUUCUGGGUGUCAGUGUGUGCAAUAAUCGUAGUAUUCCAUAUAUUCCUGUGCAAGCUCAUUAUCAAGGAGUACUGUGAGCCAAACGAUAAGUUAAGAUAUCGUUAUAACAAACCGUGAUUCUAGUUCUAUAUAAUACAUACAAAGACAACAAAUUACAUAAGUAUAAUCCAAUUGGACAGACAGACAGAAGAAGCUAGCUGAAAUCAACUUUAAACCAAAUGCUGAGUUUGUAAGAAUAAAUAUCAGAGAUAUGGAUAUCGAAAAUUCAUAAAAAAAACACGGACUAACUAUUUGGGCUGUAGAAUUAAGAAUUGUCUUUCUAUUUAUAUUAGUUAGAAUAAAGGGAAAUUCACAUAACUGA